CCCCUCUCACUCCCAAGAUGAGGAGGAGAAAGUUUACGUAUUCCCUGCGCAUGCCUCAUGUGUCGUGUGAAUCUAUCGCGAUAGGUUGUCGCCGACGAGCGGUGUCCAAACUCCCAAGGACGAGGAGUCGUCUCCCGCGUCUAUGACGUCUUCAUCGACUUGAUAACCCGCAGGAAUGGCUAUCUGCAAUUAUUCAGAAUGCUCUGCCGGGACAUGGCCCCCACUUGCUGAGGUCGAAGCGAGGAUGGAAUCGAGUAUCUGCUGGACGGUGACCAUAAGCUUGUUGCUUAUAAAAAGGCCCUUGUUCUAGCCCUCUGGGCCCAGUGAGGAGACUAUAUCUAGCUGGCUGCUCGCUGCCUCCGCUGCUUGUAGUAUUGAUACCAAGCUUUCCCUUGUCUCCAUCUUACCUAUAUUACCCGAUACUGCUUGAGCCUCUUUCGUCGGAAUCGUCACCAUGGGUAAAGACGACGAGCCAAAGACCUAUCGCUACAAUGAAGCACCUGUCUACACAGCCUCCAAUGGCUGUCCGGUCAUGGACCCAGAGGCCUCUCUGCGGGUUGGUAGCAAUGGUCCUCUACUGCUCCAAGACUUCCACUUGAUCGACCUGCUCGCUCACUUUGACCGAGAGAGGAUCCCGGAAAGAGUGGUCCACGCCAAAGGUGCUGGCGCCUAUGGCGAGUUUGAGGUUACGGACGACAUCAGCGAUAUCACUGUCAUCGACAUGCUCAAGGGAGUUGGCAACAAGACCAAAAUGUUCCUUCGUUUCUCGACCGUGGGAGGAGAAAAGGGCUCCGCUGACAGUGCUCGUGAUCCUCGUGGGUUCGCCGCCAAGUUCUACACCAAAGAAGGGAACUGGGACUGGGUGUUCAACAACACACCUGUUUUCUUCCUCCGGGAUCCAGCCAAGUUCCCCAUCUUCAUUCACACCCAAAAGCGCAACCCUCAGACCAACCUGAAAGAUGCCACCAUGUUCUGGGAUUACCUGUCUACGCAUCAGGAGUCGGUCCACCAAGUGAUGCACCUGUUCAGCGACCGUGGCACACCGUAUUCCUACCGCCACAUGAACGGCUACUCGGGCCAUACUUACAAGUGGAUUAAGCCCGACGGCACCUUCAACUACGUCCAGAUCCACUGCAAGACCGACCAGGGCAGCAAGACCUUCACCAACGAGGAGGCAGCUAAACUGUCCGCUGAAAACCCGGACUGGCACACCCAGGACCUUUUCGCUGCGAUCGAGAGGGGAGAAUAUCCGUCUUGGACUUGCUACGUGCAGGUUCUCAGCCCUGAACAGGCAGAGAAGUUCCGCUGGAACAUCUUCGACCUGACCAAAGUUUGGCCGCAAGGUCAAGUGCCGCUGCGCCGAUUCGGCAAGUUCACCCUCAACAAGAACCCGCAGAACUACUUCGCAGAGGUAGAGCAAGCAGCGUUCUCACCGUCGCACAUGGUUCCGGGCGUUGAGCCUUCGGCCGACCCUGUCCUGCAAUCCCGCCUGUUCUCCUACCCGGACACCCACCGCCACCGCCUGGGUGGAAACUAUGAACAGAUCCCGGUUAACUGCCCGCUCAAUGCGUUCAGCCCCUGGCACCGGGAUGGAUUCAUGAGAGUGAACGGAAACUACGGCGCAAACCCCAAUUACCCAUCGAGCUUCCGGCCGCUGACAUAUCGCCCGGUCAAGGCUAGCCAGGAGCACGAGAAGUGGGCGGGAGCAUUGGUGGCAGAGCAGAUCCCCGUUACGGACGAGGACUUCGUGCAAGCCAAUGGACUCUGGCAGGUCCUUGGCCGUCAACCGGGCCAGCAGGACAACUUUGUCAAGAACGUGUCAGGCCAUCUGUGCAAUGCGCACGAACGGGUGCGGAGACAGACGUACGGCAUGUUCCGGCGGGUUAAUGCCGACCUAGGAAAGCGGAUUGAGGCGGCGACCGAAGCCCUGGUCGAUGGCUCGAGAAACGCUCGGCUGUAGUGAAUAAGAAUAUUGUGAGACCUGGCAAUGAUAAUAAUGCGUAUACGGAUGUAAUUUGAUUUUAAUUUGAAAAGGAUUAAUUAGCCCA